UAGGGCCAAAGCCUGACUUGGUGUCCGACUUACAUUUGAGGCCCAGGUAGGGUCUGGACCUGGGCCUAGGCUAUUGCUAAGCCCACAUGGUCAUCCAUAGAGUCAGCCGAGUUCGCAUUUCCUGUGACCCUGGUCGCUCUCCUAAAACCCCGACCCAAGAAAGCUGGGGGUGGAUUUCUUUCAAUUGCUUUCUUAAAAAGGGAGAGAAAAUGGUUACUAGAGUCCGGAGAAAUCGGGGCAUGGGAUCUCUUCAAAAGGGGAGGAGAGGAGCCCACCCAUGGGGGUUCUCCAGGGGAUUGAUUGUAAUCUUUCUCUCGCGCUCCCUCGUUUCCCUGGAUGCCUCACCAGUGUUCAGGGUCUCGUCGUCGUCAAAUGUAAGUCGUGGUGAUCUUGGAGCGGAGGUGCGAGGGAACACAUUGUACAUUUGUUGACUUGUGAUGGGGAAUUACCCCAGGAAAACUCACCCAAAUGGGUUCCUCUGACAUAAGUUGCACCACCCAUUUUUGCCAUUCCCAACUGAACGAGUAUCUCUCAGAUGGCUAUAGCCAUCAAUCACCACCAUGGAUUCAAGCCAUUUUCCCGGUCCCCGAGAUGCAGACUCCACUCCUUCACACAACUGGACUUCAACUUGCUCGAACUCGACCAAGCACUCGACCAGGCCAAACUUGCUUGCUCAUUAAAGCAAUCGUUGGCACCCACUAACUUCCACAAAAGCUUCUCCACACCCUGCCUGCCCCUCACCCCCAAGGUGGAGGAGGAUGCCGAUAAUGGUCCCAGGGUUGAGAUUGUUGCAGGGCGAGGUGCCCCAGGAGUGCGUGCCCUUGUAGUUGAAUCUGCCAUAGCAAUGGCCUCUGGUGUGGACCCCGUGCCAGUCACAGGUGGGCUUGGAGGGGCUUACUUCUUACGCAAUCGCAAUGGUGACAACAUCGCUGUGGCAAAGCCCAUCGACGAGGAGCCAUUUGCAGUAAACAAUCCAAAAGGCUUUGCAGGCAGGAUACUUGGUCAGCCUGGCUUGAAACGCUCAGUUCGAGUCGGCGAAACUGGUAUCCGUGAAGUGGCAGCUUACCUCCUUGACCACGGUGGCUUUGCUGGAGUUCCCCCCACAACGCUCGUCAAGAUCUCGCAUGUCACAUUCCAUGUCAAUCGAUCAACAGCAGCAGAAACAGUGGAGCUUCCUAAAGUGGCAUCACUUCAGCGUUUUAUUGAUCAUGACUUGGAUGCAGGAGAGCUUGGGCCAUCUGGUUUCUCAGUCUCUUCCAUUCAUCGCAUAGGCAUUCUUGAUGUGAGACUCCUAAACCUUGACAGGCAUGCAGGGAAUAUAUUGGUAAAGAAAUAUGGAGGCUAUGUCAAUGACAGCUACUCUGUUGGGGCAACUGAACUUGUGCCCAUAGAUCAUGGGCUUUGCCUACCCGAGAUGCUUGACGAUCCAUACUUUGAAUGGCUGCAUUGGCCACAAGCCGCUGUGCCCUUUUCAGAGUUGGAAGCUGAGUACAUAUCUCAGCUUGAUCCAUUUAAGGACGCAGAGCUCCUGCGAAAGGAGCUGCCUUCAUUGAGAGAAUCCUCCAUUAGAGUUCUUAUUCUCUGCACCAUAUUCUUGAAGCGUGCUGCCAGUGCUGGCCUUUGUCUUGCCGACAUUGGAGACAUGAUGACUCGGGAAUUUUGUGGAGGAGAGGAAGGCCCAAGUGUGUUAGAGACUCUAUGUGCCAAAGCCAAGGCUAACAUGCACUAUCUGUUUGAGAUUGAACCUGUUACAGAAGAUAAAGAAGAACAAAUUGGCAUGUUCCAAUUGGAUAUAGAUUGUGAAGAAAACACUGCAGAUGUGUUGGAUCUCCCCCGGCUUUUGCAAAGCUGUCCUGGAAUGGGUAAGCCACCAAGACCUCCAAAGAAGUUCCGGUCAGCACGAUCAGUAGGCAGGCAGCUCUCCCACAUGGUUUUGUCUCCAUUACAUGAGGAAGACGAUGACAAUGGAAGCACCAGUGGCGAAGAAAACAAUGUCAAUAAUGGUGUUAUUGAAAGCAAUGAAAAUAAUGACGACGGCGAUGAUAAUGAUAAUGAUGAUGAUGAUAAUGUUGAUGAUGAUAAUGAUAAUGAGGAUGAUGAUGAUGAUGAUGAUGAUGAUGAUGGCAAUGAUGAUGAUAAUGAUGAUGGUGACAAAGUUGUGGGAUUGACAAAAAGUGUAAGCUUCUCAGUACCACAACACAACAAUGAACCUGCUGGCUUUUCAUUUAGAGGCAUGACUGAAGAGGAGUGGGAGUUGUUUCUGGAUAAAUUUGGGAAGCUUCUUCCUGAGGCUUUUGAAGGUAGGAAGAACAUGGGAUUGAAAAAAAGGUUAGGAACUUCAUGCCAAUUCUGAGAAAAGUUUGUGGAAAGAGAUAAAAGAUAGCAAGUGUAGGAGAUUUGUGUAGUAAUGGUGUACAUUAUGUAUACAUUAUUGGUCAAAUUGCCAUAGUGUAGAUACUCAGUGUAGGAAUGGAUUAUGGAACAUAGUGAGUGGCAAACUGCCCUCCUCUCUACUAACUACAUAGGAAUGGAUCACUGUGAGUGGUAAACUGCCCUCCUUUCCAUUAUAUUUUUAUGGCGCCUCCUUUCCAUCAAUUAUAUAUUUGUUUUCAUCACUUGAUGUAUUUUAUUUGUAUCAGGUACACUUACCUGGCCUUUUAUAUAAUAAUAUGCUGAAGUUGGAUUUAUGAA